GCCGGACCCGACGCGGAGCUUUAUUUUCUGUCUCUAGACGCUGACCCAGCGCUUUAUUUCAAAUGAAGCGACCUUUCAUUCAACUAAUAAGUUUUUAUACGUGAUAUAACAGCUGUCUUCGCCAUGAGCUGCUUGGAUGUCAUGUAUCAAGUUUAUGGUCCACCUCAGCCGUAUUUUGCCGCCGCAUACACACCUUAUCACCAUCAGAAACUGGCAUUUUACUCGAAAAUGCAAGAAUCUCCAGAAACAGUGAGUGGGAGCAGCUCUUCUUUUUCCAAUCUCUCCGGGCCACCCAUAAAAGAGGAAGACUGUGGCCGGGAGAAAGAUCACCCGCCGGAGGCGGAGUACAUCAGCUCCAGAUGUGUGCUUUUCACCUAUUUUCAAGGGGACAUCAGUUCGGUGGUGGAUGAACAUUUCAGUCGUGCUUUAAGUCAGUCUAGUAGUUACGCACCUGGAUCUACAAACAGCAAGACGGCAAGAGGCGCAGCAUCCUGGAGAGAUGGAUCAUUCCCUAUGAGCCAGAGAAGUUUUCCUCCUUCCUUCUGGAACAGUGCUUAUCAGCCCUCAGUCGCAGCAUCUCUCAGCAGCGCAUUAGGUUCAUCCCACACAGACCUUCCCUUCCCGACAGACCCGUACUCCAGCGCAUCUCUACACAGCCACCUUCACCAAACCACCCCAGAGCCCUGGCACCCAUCCCACCACCAUCACCCAUACUCGCUCAGCGGAGCCAUCGGCACUCAAGGGUCCACUUACCCCCGGCCCUCCGUGCAUGACAUGUACGGGACGCAUUUUGACCCCCGUUACAGCUCACUGCUCGUGCCCUCAGUUCGGCCGCAUAGACUUCCUUCCGCAACGGUGCCUGCACCGGGAUCCUCACCCUGUGACAUCAGCAAGAGCGAAGCAGGCAGCUCGGGAUGGACCGGAGCUUUUACAGCGACCAGCUCUGAUAUGAGUCUGAACAUGGAUACAGGUCUACAGAGCCAAGAUAAGAGCAAGGACUUGUACUGGUUUUAAAGCCCUGCGGCCACUUCUUUUUCUCCGCUGGCUUGUCUUUCUUUGGCUUUUCUGUAACAGAUUCUCAUCUCACUUGCAGCUCGGCGCUACAAGCUCUGCAGCGGGACCAUCCUAAGCUGAAAGUGGAGUAAAAAAAACAAAACUCUCCAUUGAGAGGAGCAAACGUACUGUAUUGGUGUGACUAACAGCUGCUCAAUCCCUCCCCCAAACUUCAGCAAAAACUGACCCAAAUCAGGUUUAAAUAUGGACUAGGUUCCUUCAGGAGGACAUUUGAGAGCCAAAAUGGCAAAAAAGUAAAUGAAGACUUUUUUUUUUUUGACCAGAACUGAGAUGUUUUGACGAGAGAGCAGCAUUCCCGAUCAUCUCUGGGUUAUUUGAAGCCGCUUGACUCUAUCUAUAUUGCUUUCAGCACCUGUCAUGGACAACUGUUGUGGAACUUAACAGGCACAGUGCGCCGUUUGACCGAGCGAGAGCCCUGGAUUUCACAAAAGAGCCGUUUUGUUGUAGCUGGACACACGGCGAAAAGGAACAACUGGUUUGGCUUCUUUUUUUUUGUAUGGUGGCAUGUUGUGAAUUCAACUGGAAUUAGAUACACCAGCCCGAUCUCAUGAGGAAAUGUAACUACAGUUGAAGUCAAAAUUAUUCGGCCUUUUUCAAAUAUUUCCCAAAUUAUGUUUAACAGAGCAAGGAAUUUUUCACAGUAUUUCCUAUAAUAUUUUUUCUUCUGGAGAAAGUCUGAUUUUUAUUUCAGAUAGAAUAAAAGCAGUUUUUAUUUUGUUUAUAAUCAUUUUAAGGUCAAUAUUUUUAGACCUCUUAUACAAUAUUUUGUUUUUCGAUUGUCUACAGAACAAACCCUUAUUAUACGAUGCCUUUAAGCCCUUAAUUUGCACUUUAAGCUGAAUACUAGUAUCUUGAGAAAUAUCUAGUAAAAUAUUAUGUGCUGUCAUCAUGGCAAAGAUAAAAGAAAUCAGUUAUUGAAAGUUAGUUAUUACAAUUAUUAGGUUAAGAAAUGUGUUGAAAAAAAUAUUUCUGUUAAACAGAAAUUGGGGGAAAAAAAAAAUAUACAGAAAGAGCUAUCAAUUCUGACUUCAACUGUAUUUAAUGGAUUGUCCCACAAACCCUACCCCUCAUUAUACGAUGGGCAAAUCAUACUAAGGUGUACAAUGAGAAUGUACAAAUUAGCCACAAAAUCAACAAGUUACAAAUUGCCAGGAGAUGGUGUUGGACACACACCAUUAAGCUGUGCUGUAUAUAUUUUAUGUGUUUUAGUGUGUCCAGUGCUACAUGUAAAGAUCAAAGAGCAUGUCAGGAAUAUUUGUACUUUUUUAUGAAACACUUUUUUUUGUUAUUGUCAACUUGGCCCAAAGUAUACUUCAAUUUAUUUUACACGGUCACAUGCACAGCCUUUCAACAUACUCUGUCUGAUGGUGUGUGCAAACACUUGCGUUCUCUCUCUAAAAAAAAAGUGACAAAAAAAUGACAUUCAUUAAUUUUCCUGCGCCUUAGUUUCUAUUUCAGAGGUUGACACAGCGGAGUGAACCGCCAACUAUUGCUGCAUUUGUUUUACACAGCGUAUGCCCUUUCAAUCGCCACCCACCAUUGGGAAACACCAACCUCUUUCACACACUAUGGACAAUUUAGUUUAUUAAAUUCACAGAGCAUGUCUUUGGACUGUGGGGGAAACCGGAGCACCCCGAGGAAACCCACACCAAAACAGGGACAACAUGCAAAAUCCACACAGAAAUGCCAACUGACCCAGCCGGGACUCAAACCAGCAACCUUCUUGCUGUGAACUGACAGUGCUAACCACUGAGCCACCAUGCUGCCCAAAAACAUGACAUUGUACUUGAAAAUAGUACAUGAAAUUUACCCAAAAUAGAGUCACAAUCAACAUUUAAUAACUCAACAUAAGCACUAAGUCAACAUCUUUAUGUUCAAUUUUUUUAAAUGGAUAGUUCAACCAAAAUGAAAAUUCUGUCAUCAUUUACUCACCCUUUACUUUGUUUUCUUGGUAAACACAAUUGUUUCUUUCUUGUUGAACGCAACAGAUAUUUUGAAAAAAGCCUGAAACCUUUAGCCAUUGAUUCAAUGAUAACUAUGAAAGUCAAUGGUUACAGGUUUUCAGCUUUACUUCAAAAUAUCUUUUGUGUUCAACAGAAGAAAUAGGCUCAUGAACGUUUGGAACCACUUGAGGGUAAGUAAAUAGUGAGUAAAUUUUUAUUUUUGGGUUAUAUAUCCCUAUUAACAAUGGCCUGGUUCGGUGUUGUCGUCUUGUGGACAAACUAAAGCAAACAAUUAAAAAGUGCAAAAAUCAGGCACUGCGCAGUGUUCUGAUUGCAAAAUUUGAGUCACACUGUACACCGAUCCUUAUAAACGUGUAAAAAACUGAAAUGUUUUUGUUUUCAAAGCGCAAAAGUAUACAUGUGGUAUGUUAGCAUACACAGUCAUUCAAAGUAUCCUCUAUUACAGUGUUUCUCAACCAUGUUCCUGGAGGGCCACCAACACUGCAUUUUUUGGUCUCCUUUGUCUGUCACACCCAUUACAGGUCGUUCAGUCUCUGCUAAUGAGCUGAUGAUCUAAAUCAGGUGUGUUUGGUUAAGGAGACAUGGAAAUGUGCAGAGCUGGUGGUCCUUCAGGAACGUGGUUGAGAAACACUGCUCUAUUAGACAGUGUGCACAAACAACCGCACUUUACACAUUUGCACUAGAAAUAUUCAUCUUGAUCCAGUUUCUGAAUUCUUUUAUCUUAAAAUUUUGAAGAACUUCAGAUAUGUCGUUGCACUCGUUUGAAUUGGAUAUCUAUUAAUUCCCUCACACUAGCAGUCUUCAAUGUGGGAAUCCUGUUUUUACUGUCCUCAUUUUGUAGUUGUUUUUGUCUCAAUGUGACUGCAGUUCAUUACUUUUUUAUAUAUUGGUGUGUUUUAGUAUAAUGUGGUCAUGCCGCCGAUAAUUGUGGGUAGGUUCAGGUGCAGGGUUAGGAAAUAUUAAUUUGAUUAUUUAUCAUAAAAUUUUCGUUCGGACGAUUUGAAAGGCCAAUACAUUUAGGGGGGCCCCAGAGACAUUAUCAUGGGCCUGCGCCAAUAACCCUCCACCACCCCCCCGUCAUAUCGUAGUCCAACCCCCCACCCCGUUCUUCACUUUCAGCCGCGAUACCAACAACCCCCCAGUCUUCAAUUUCAGCCGCGAUAUCAAUACCCCCCAACACCUCAGCACCCACGCCACCGCUCUUCACUUUCAGCCGCGAUACCGACUAACAACCCCCCCAUUCUUCACUUUUAGCCGCGAUACCAUACCGACGCAUCUCCGAGUUAUGCAAUAACAGCUUGCAUCAUUAGGCUGCAUCCAGAUACUUUUAAAAAAAAGCAGCCCUGUAAUGUUGGGGUAGUG